GUGCCGUGACGUUUCGCCGAAGUUACGUCGGCGCGACAGGGCGACGUGACACCGAACGGAGCGUUGUUCGCGCACGCGGUGCCGCGUGGUGAUUCGUGGACGAGAGUGUGUGCCCGUGCGAACGUGAUCGAAACCGACCGAGGUCAUGGCGAGCUGCAGGCUGUUCGGCGCCCUCGCGCGCUGCUCCCGCGCCAACGCGAAUCUCGUUUCGAAAUACACAGGUUUGCAACAAUCGAUAAGAACAUUAGUAACCGAAGCAAAUAGGAAACACUUAAAAUGCAAAACCGUUGGCGAUGUAGCAGUCAUCACCAUAGAUUCGCCGAAUGUCAAAAUAAACAGCUUAAACAAGGAGCUGAUGGGAGAGAUGGAAGGAUUGAUGAGGGAAAUACAAUCGAAUUCUCUUGUAAACUCAGUAGUUAUUAUUAGCGGAAAACCAGACAAUUUUAUAGUCGGCGCAGAUAUUACCAUGCUACAAUCUCUUCCCGAUGCAGAAGCUGGUUAUCAAGUAGCGAAAGAGGGCCACAGAAUUCUGGAUAUGAUAGCGAAUAGUACGAAGCCAAUUGUUGCUGCUAUUCACGGCUCAUGUCUCGGUGGAGGAUUAGAGGUUGCAUUAGCGUGCCAGUACAGACUCGCCGUCAACGACAAGCAAACCAAAUUGGGAACCCCGGAAGUGAAACUCGGUCUCCUUCCUGGUGGCGGCGGCACUCAACGCCUGCCCCAGAUGGUUCCCCUUGCCACUGCUCUAGAUAUGAUGCUCACAGGUAGAAAUAUUAAUCCCGACAAAGCGAAGAAACUUGGACUAGUGGAUAUCGUGGUGAACCACCUUGGACCGGGAAUCGGAUCGCCUAAAGACAAUACGCUAAAAUACCUGGAGGAAACCGCGGUGAAGACUGCGCAGGAUCUCGCAAACGGAAGGAUAAAGAUCCAGCGCGGUCCGAAGUCUCUCGUAGACAAGAUAAUGCAGCAGCUUCUAUCUAUCGACUUCGUUAAGGAUCAAGUGUUCAAGAAAGCAAAGGCCCAGGUGAUGAAAAUGACGAAUGGCCUGUAUCCAGCUCCGCUUAAAAUUCUAGAAGUGGUAAGGGUAGGCCUGGACAAGGGUCCUGUUGCCGGAUUUGAUGCCGAGGCCAAGGGAUUCGGUCAGCUGACGGCUACGCCGGAGUGUAAAGGCCUUACCAAUUUAUUCUUCGGCAUGACGGCGUGCAAGAAAAAUCGCUUUGGCCCGCCCAAGAGUGCAGUCAAAAAAAUUGCGGUCCUUGGCGCCGGUUUGAUGGGGGCGGGCAUCGUCCAGGUCAGUAUCGACAAAGGCUUCGACGUCGUUAUGAAGGAUACCAGCGAGACCGGACUGUAUCGCGGCAUGAAUCAGAUUCAGAAAGGCCUGGAUCGCGCUGUGAAGCGUAAACGGAUCUCCAGUAUCCAAAAGGACAAGUAUUUGUCUCAUCUCGGCUCGACGUUAAAUUACGACUCCUUCAAGGACGCAGACAUAGUGAUCGAGGCCGUCUUUGAGGACAUCGGCAUCAAGCACAAGGUUCUGAAAGAAAUUGAAGCCGUGGCGCCGAAUCACUGUGUCAUUGCAACCAAUACCUCCGCUAUUCCUAUCACGAAAAUCGCAGCUGGCAGCAGUCGUCCUGAUAAAGUGAUCGGUAUGCACUACUUCUCUCCUGUCGACAAAAUGGAGCUGCUGGAAAUUAUAACGCACAAAGCAACAUCCGAAGAGACCAUCAAGACCGCUGUGGAUGUCGGUUUGAAGCAGGGCAAGAUCGUCAUCACAGUUGGUGAUUGUCCUGGAUUUUACACCACGAGAAUACUUUCUACCAUGUUGUCGGAAGCGGUUAGGCUAAUGCAGGAAGGCGUGGAUCCAGUGCAUCUGGAUAAACUAACAAAGACAUUCGGCUUCCCUGUCGGCCCAGCCACAUUGUCCGACGAGGUCGGCAUCGAUGUGGGUGCUCACAUCAGCGUCGAUCUUCAGAAGGCUUACGGCGAUCGUUUUAAGGGAGGAGACAUAAAUAUUCUCGGCGACAUGGUCAAAGCUGGUUUCCUCGGACGCAAAUCCGGCAAAGGUAUAUUCGUGUACGAAACCAGCUCCAAGAACAGAGACGUAAAUGUCGGUGCGUUGGACAUUAUGAAAAAGUAUAGUAUCGAGCCUAAGGGAAGCACGUCUGACGAGGACCGUCAAAUGAGGUUGGUCACGCGGUUCAUUAACGAAGCGGUAAUGUGCUUGGAAGAAAAUAUUCUAGCUAAUCCCGUGGAGGGCAACAUAGGAGCUGUGUUUGGCUUGGGCUUCCCACCAUUCUCGGGUGGUCCAUUCCGUUGGGUAGACUCGUACGGCGCCCAUCGACUCGUUAAGAAAAUGGAGGAAUUCCAGAGUCAUUACGGUGAAACUUACAGACCAUGCCAAUUACUGCGUGAUAUGGCGACCGAUUCUACGCGAAAAUUCCACCCGAAAUAGAAGUUCGAUAGGGAUCCAUUAUCGGCAUAUCUUCACGUUGAUUAAUGUUCAUCCGAGAGCUGUAUUAUAUUCAUUCGUUUCAGGCUCAGAAAGAAAAAAAUGCAUCUGUGAAACAGGUGCAUAGAUUAAGCCCUUUGUUAUCCUGCAACUCAACUUGGAGUUCGCAUUCGUUAUAUCUCGUGCGUGCAAAUUCAUUUCGUUGAAAAGCUAGUCGAAAGAAUGUUUAUCAUUUUUUUUUUAAUGAUCAAAUAACACCCGUUGUUAGACACCUUAUUAACUAUUAUAGCAUAAACUAUAAACGAUAUGUGAACGAAUUUAUAUAUAUAGGAUUUAUAUAUAUAGAUAUAGGAUUUAUAUAUAUAUAGAUUUAGUCGCAGAACUAUACUCAUAUUUUUUUAUAGAGCGCAUCACACUGGGUCUUUCAGACCUGGUUGAAUAUUUUUAAUUCUGAUAGAUGUAUAUUUUCAUCGAAUUUUUUCUACCUGAAUACUAAACAUCGGAUAAUAUCGGAAUAUGAUUAUAAAAUCAAUUUAAAGCUGUUAAAUUGUGAGAUUUAAAGGUUUCAACGAGAAGAAAUUAUCAAGAGUAUUAACGAUUUGGAAUUUUCACCGAAAUGGCCAUUUGCAUUGUCCUACUUGAUAAUGUUAAUUUCUUAACAAUAUUAUUUCUGAUUAAUGUUUUUCAACGGGGAAAGCAAUACAUUAUCAGACAAAGAUAUUAGAAGGAAUGCAGCUUUGACUGUACUUGGCACAAUCUUGUUCAGAAGCGAGAUGUAGUAUGACGCGAUUCCACGUGUGCGGAUUAAAUGGGAGGGGCUAUAAUGCGUGUCACGCAUAAUGCGCCGAGGCUGUCGCAACAACUAGAAUACCAUAUAUUUUUGGACUUGGUAUUUCACGUCCUGCGCCCAACGACUUUUCGCGAACAUUGUAGAUAGACUCGUGCAUUUAUUAAUUUCAGAGAAUUUUAUAUGCUGCAAAUGUUUGAUAUCUAUACAAAUUCCUUUAUAACACCUGUUGUAAGUUAGGCGAAGCAUACGUAACAAUUGUACAUCUAUUUUUGCAAAACUUAUCAGAAAUAAAGAGUUUCUAUACUGAGCUGUUUCCAUA